AUGGCUGCGUCUCGGUUCCGUAAUUAUGAUGAAGAUAAAGUUGAAAUAGAGAAAUUUCUCCGAGAAUUUUACAAAUCAGAGCCUGAUGGGAAAAAAUAUUUUCCAUACUUGGAAAGCCUGACUAAACUUGCUAAUCGGAGUCAAAAUGUAAUACGCAUUUCUCUGGAUGACUUAUGGGAUUUAAACGAAGACCUUGCCAAAGCCGUCGAAUUGAACACUAAGCGCUAUCAAAAGUUUUUCUCUGAGGUGAUCGAUGGUCUUCUACCUGAAUUCCGCGAUGGAGAGGCUCAAAUUCGUGAUGUGUUAGACAUUUUCAUUGACCAUAGAAUUAGAAUGGAACAGAGGAUGCAUGCUGCUGAUGUUGAGAAUAUUCCCGUGCCCGUGGGCCAAAGAAAUGCGGUCCAGGCUUCCAAUGAUUUACGAGAAAUAAGGGCCAAAUUCCCACCAGAGCUUUUAAGGCGAUUUGAGGUGUACUUUACGGCUCGAUCGAUAUUUAAGCCCGUUGGUGUUCGCGCUGUUAUGGCGUCAAGCAUCGGACAUCUUAUUCAAGUUCGCGGAAUUGUAUCCCGAACAACUGAAGUGAAGCCGCUCUUACGCGUUGCUACGUAUACUUGUGAUCGAUGUGGUGCCGAAACUUACCAGGAAAUAACUAGUCCAUCUUUCAUGCCCCUAAUGUUGUGCCAAACUGCUGCUUGUAAAGGUGUCGGGGCUGGAAGUGCAGGCCAACUUCACCUCCAAACACGUGGAUCCAAAUUUCUCAAGUUCCAGGAAAUUCGCAUCCAGGAGCUCUCUGACCAGGUUCCAGUUGGAAACAUUCCUCGUGGCCUCACGGUCUAUGCGCAUGGCGAGAACACACGGCUGGCUCAACCGGGAGACCACGUCCUCGUAACUGGAGUCUUCCUACCAUCCGUUCACGGUACCGUUGGAGCAAGGAUGGCAACUGCCGCUGGUGGUGGGACUACUGCACUUCUGGCUGAUACGUACUUGGAGGCUCACCAACUCGUACUCCUAAACAACAGCGAUUCAGUGCUUGACGUUGAGCCAACGGAAGAGGAGAUGGAUCGUCUGUCUGACCCUGACACGUAUAACCUGAUGGCUCAGUCGUUGGCUCCAGAAAUUUACGGUCUCGAGGAUGUCAAAAAGGCUCUUCUCUUGCUUCUUGUCGGAGGCGUCGAAAUCAUGCCGCAAGCUGGUCUCCGAAUUCGUGGUAACAUCAACAUCUGUCUAAUGGGUGAUCCUGGCGUGGCCAAGUCCCAACUCCUUGGCUUCGUCAAUCGCCUCAGUCCCCGUUCUCAGUACACCACGGGACGUGGUAGUUCUGGCGUCGGCUUAACUGCCGCCGUUAUGAAAGAUCCAUUCACAGGGGAGAUGACGCUUGAGGGUGGGGCUCUGGUUCUAGCAGAUCAGGGCGUUUGCUGCAUCGACGAGUUCGACAAAAUGGCCGAAUUUGAUCGUACCGCUAUUCACGAAGUAAUGGAGCAGCAGACUAUUAGCAUUGCCAAGGCCGGUAUCCUCACAACGCUUAAUGCACGAGUUGCACUCCUUGCUGCCGCGAACCCUGCCUACGGCCGUUACAAUCCUCAUCGCACGGUAGAGCAAAACAUCGAUCUGCCAGCUGCUCUACUCUCGCGUUUCGAUCUCUUGUGGCUUAUCCAAGACCGCUCUGAUCGCGAGAAUGACCUUCGCUUGGCUCACCACAUAACCUACGUGCACACGCAUGGCUCGGCGCCGUCCUCCCUAGAUUCUACGACCAACCACAGCGGUCCAGCGGGCACGCAGAUUCUCACCCUCGACGAGCUCCGACGUCUGAUCGGCGUUGCGCGUGCCCAACCUGCCCCCUCGGUGCCCGCCUACCUUGCCGACUACCUCGUCGGGGCCUACGUCGAGAUGCGCAAGGAGGCUCGUGUCAACAGGGAGAUGACCUAUACUAGCGCACGUACGCUGCUGGGGAUAAUGCGUCUCUCCACGGCGCGCGCGCGCCUACGCGGUGGCACGGAAGUCACCAAAGCCGACAUCGACGAAGCCAUGCGACUGAUGGAGGCCAGCCGCGCCUCCGUCCACAACCCAAUCGGUGGCCCACGUGAUCACAAUCGACCAGCUUCAUACAAGGACAACAUCUACCAGGUCAUCCGUGAUCUGCUCUCUGCGGGUGGCGGUUCGACUCGCCUCGCUGACAUCAUGGAACGGUGCGCAGCCAAGGGCUACACGCCCGCCCAGGUGAACGAGGUUGUGGACGCGUAUGAGAACUUGAAUGUGUGGCAGGUCAACAUGGGCAGGACCCGUUUGACCGCUGUGGUGUGA